AUGCGGGACGACGAGCCCCCGCUCCUCCCCGCGUCCCCCGGCCCGCACUCCGCCCCCGAGCGCAGCCCCGGCUCCCGGCCCACCCGCUUCAAGCGCGCCCUGAGCUCGCUCCGCUCGUCUUUCCGCUCCGGCUCGCCCUUCCACUUCGCUUCGCUCAAGCGCAGCGGCUCGACUAAAUCCUCAGUAUCGGACAGUGAGAUCGUGCGAGGCGAACGCACUAUGCGUAGGAAAAACAAAAAACAACGCGCAGACUCGGCGAACGCCGCGUCGUCGCGGAGCACUGACAGCUCGCCGUCGGCGAGCAAGAAGAAAACCGGCUUGCUCAAACGAAUGAGCACUAUCGGGAAGCGACGCGUGGAGAGCUCCACGCCCUCCUCGACCGACAUGGACCCCGAGCUGGAUAUGGACCCCGACAUCGAACUCGAAUCCGAUUCGAAACUCGACGAAAAACCGAUUCUCGAAAUGAGUUUAGAACCUGAAAAACAGGAGCCGCCCCCCACGGAUAAUUCGGAGCAAAAUACUAACGACCCCGUUCCGGAGUCCGGAUCGCCGGAGCCUCCGUUCAUCACUUUAGCGGUCGAGCAUCCGGUGGCAAUGCGGUGUUUCACGAAGGAGGCUUGGAAGAGGCGCAGUAAAACUGAAAUUCAGAAGCCGAUCGAGGAGUCGGGACCCGGAGAUUCCUUGAAGCGUCGCAUCGCAUUCGUCGCGCAGACGUCCCCCGCGAUGUCGGAGGACCGUGACGACGACGACGACGACGACGAUGAGGACGCGGAGGAGGGCGGGGGUGAGGUGGGGUCGCUGGAGGAGGCGGUGGCGCUCGCCCGGCAGCGGCUCGCUCUGGCGGCGCAGUCGUCCGCGCCGCCGCAGUCGACCGAGAACAACGAGACGGAGGAGGAGGGGUGCGCCGACACGAUGCCGGCCUACGGAGACCUCAUCGAGCCGGAGCACAAGGCUGAGAACGACGACGAAUCGGCCCACGCCACAGCUAGCGCUGAGAGGAGGGAGCACCUGUACAAGAUCCUGGUUAUCGGGGAGCUGGGCACAGGGAAGACUUCCAUCAUUAAGCGAUAUGUGCAUCAGUUCUUCAGCCAGCAUUACAGGGCGACGAUUGGAGUCGACUUCGCCCUUAAAGUUCUUAACUGGGACGCGAAUACGAUAAUACGACUGCAGCUAUGGGAUAUAGCAGGUCAAGAACGCUUCGGCAACAUGACCCGGGUUUACUACAAAGAGGCCGUUGGAGCUUUCAUAGUGUUCGACGUGUCCCGCGUGGCGACCUUUGACGCGGUGGUCAAGUGGAAAAACGACCUUGAUACCAAGGUGCAGCUGCCCGACGGAUCGCCCAUACCCUGUAUAUUACUGGCGAACAAGUGUGACCAGCAAAAAGAGGGAAUAGUGAAUUCACCCACAAAAAUGGACGAAUACUGUCGGGAAAAGGGUUUCGCGGGAUGGUUUGAGACUUCAGCAAAGGAAAACAUAAAUAUUGAAGAGGCAGCACGAUCUUUAGUUAAUAAGAUUCUUCUAAACGACAAAUUACUACAAAGCAACGACAAAGACGGCGAGAAGUUUGCGCUCGACCACAAGAUAGCUAAUGGUGAGAACAAUCGAGAAGCAAAUGCAGGCAAGUUCUGCGCUUGCUGACCAACUGGUGCAUGCAUAGAGUUUGAUUAUACUGAAAUCGUGGGUUUACAUAGCGACGUUAUGUUUGCUAUGUUCUCUGAAUUAACGAGGCUUAUAAUACACAUGUUGAUUUAACGACGAAUCAAGCCCAUAACAUUAAGAAAAAUAUCUACUAAUCGCUUGUACUACUUAUAACAAAUUAUUACCACAAUGAUAAAUAAAAUGAUAAAUAAAUAAAAUGUGCAAAAAUGGAAAAUAUAUAUAGUAUGCCUUUACAUCUUGGCCAUUUUUAUACCUUAACAUUUCUUAAAUGUAGUUCAACGGGUA